CGAGAUGAGGCCCACGACGACGACGACGACGAAGAGCUGCUCAGGGAGAUGGAGGAGCUGCGCUCCGAGAACGAUUAUCUCAAGGAUGAACUGGAUGAACUCCGGGCUGAAAUGGAAGAGAUGCGAGACAGCUACUUAGAAGAAGAUGUUUACCAGCUUCAGGAACUCAGGCGGGAAUUGGACCACGCAAACAAAAACUGCCGAAUUCUGCAGUACCGUCUCAGGAAAGCUGAGCAGAAGAGCCUGAAGGUUGCUCAGACGGGCCAGGUGGAUGGCGAGCUCAUUAGAAGUCUGGAGCAGGAUCUAAAGGUAGCCAAAGAUGUAUCUGUCAGACUGCACCAUGAACUGGAGAGUGUAGAGGAAAAGCGAGCUAAAGCAGAAGAUGAAAAUGAGAUUCUCCGACAGCAGAUCAUUGAGGUGGAGAUAUCCAAGCAAGCUCUCCAGAACGAGCUGGACAGGUUAAAAGAGAGUUCCAUGAAGAGAAGAGGCAGCAGGGAAACACACAAAGAAAAGAAAACACUCAGUCAGGAUGACAGUGCUGACUUGAAGUGCCAGCUGCAGUUUGCCAAAGAGGAAGCCGCCCUGAUGCGCAAAAAGAUGGCCAAGCUAGGGAAGGAGAAAGACCAACUGGAGCAGGAACUCCAGAAGUACAAGUCCCUGUAUGGCGACGUGGACAGCCCCCUCCCGACCGGAGAGGCCGGGGGCCCCCCCAGCUCCCGAGAGGCCGAGCUGAAGCUGCGGCUGAAGCUGGUGGAGGAGGAAGCCAACAUCCUGGGCCGGAAGAUCGUGGAGCUGGAGGUGGAGAACCGGGGCAUCAAGGCGGAGAUGGAGGACCUGCGGGGUCAGUAUGAGCGAGAGUGUCUGAGCCGGGACCACAUCCCAAGCAUCCCUACCUCGCCGUACGGCGACUCGCUGGAGUCGGCCACGGAGCUGCGGCGCCACUUGCAGUUUGUGGAAGAGGAGGCGGAACUGCUGCGGAGGUCCAUCUCCGAGAUCGAGGACCACAACCAGCAGCUGACCCAGGAGCUGAGCAAGUUCAAGUUCGAUCCCGGCCAGGAGCCCAGCUGGCCGGAGGAGCCGGCCUGCAGAGGCGGGGCUGGGGGUCCUCUGCAGGAGGAGCUCAAGUCGGCCCGCCUGCAGAUCAAUGAGCUGAGCGGGAAGGUGAUGAAGCUGCAGUACGAGAACCGGGUGCUGCUGUCCAACGUGCAGCGUUACGACUUGGCCGCCCACCUGGGUCUGCCCGGGCCCAGCCCCCGGGACAGCGAUGCCGAGAGCGAUGCAGGCAAGAAGGAGAGCGACGGGGAGGAGGGCCGCCCGCCGCAGCCCAAGAGGGAAGGGCCCGUCGGGGGCGAGAGCGACUCGGACGAGCUCUAUGAGAAGACCUCGGGCUUCGGGAGCGGAAGGCCGUCGGAGAGAAGCGACCCGGGCUUCGUGGAGCUGGCGAGGGCCAAGGAAGACACCGAGUCCCUGAUGAGCAUCAAGCGGGAGGCGGAGCGGCUGGAGAGGGUGGUGGAGCGCCUCAUCACUGACACCGACAUCUUGGUCUACGACGCCCAGCUGCGUGGCGCCGGUGGCAGGGCCCAGGAGCCGCCGGGCCAUGGCCUGGGGGAGAGGACGGAGGAAGGCAAGAGCGAACCCCAACUCUUGGACACCAUCAACGCCAGGAUGAAGGCUUUCCGGAAGGAGCUCCAGGCCUUUCUGGAGAAGGUGGACCAUGUCGGGGAAGGCCUGAAAGAGCGCUUGGAGGAUCUGUCUCCUCUCCCUCACCUCACAGAGUCUUCCAGCUUCCUCUCCACGAUGACCUCCGUGUCCCGGGACUCCCCUAUUGGGACCCUGGGGAAGGAGCUAAUCACAGACUUCCAGUCCAGACUGAGGGAUCAGCUGGAGGCACAGCUCGGCCAGGACCGUGGAGAGGAGCAGGAGUUUCACCGCCUUCGGGCCAUGGCUGAACCUCACCGCAGAGCUGAUGGAGACAUUAAAACCUACAGGCCAGGAGACAAGGGCUGUUUCAGUCUAGAGCUCAGGGAUGCCCCUGUUUUCCCUGAACAGAGUGUAUCGAUACAGGAGCUUCAGGCUCAUCUUGAGCAGGAGACCAGGCUUCACCGAGAGGAGCAAGAAAAGUUUACCGACAGGAUCAUUCAGAUGGAGGAAGAACACCGACAGGCCCUACGGAGGAAGGAUCUUGAAGUGCAGAGUCUGACGUUACAGAACAAGCUGGAGGAAAAGACCUGGGGCCAGGAGAAGAGCCUCAUGCAGCGGGAGCUCAGGCACUUCAAGCAGAACACGUUCCUCCUCUACGUCAAACUCAAGUGGCUGCUGAAACAUUGGCGGCAGGGCAAACGAGUGGAGGGGGAAGGAGAAGAUUCGGCAGAGACGGAGCAUGCUGAGUCCCUGCCAGAGUUUGGUAUCCAGCCUGAACAGAAGGGAGAGGAGCCGGAGCAGGAUGAGGAGGAGAGGGGCCUAGCCCUCAGCAUGGUGGAUUAUUCCCAACGUUACCUAUUGGAAGCCAGGGACGGCGGUGGCCCACAGCUGCAGACCGCGGAGCUGCUGCAGCACCAGAAGCAGGCAGUGGAGAACCGGCAGCUGCUGAACGCCCUGAAGUCCCUGCUGGAUGAUUUCCGCUCCGAGCUGCGGGACGACGAGAGGGAGAGGCUCGGGCUGCAGCAGCGCUAUGCCAGUGACAAGGCCGCGUGGCAGGUCGAGUGGACCGAGCUAAAGUGCCGCUUGGAACAGCUGGAGAGGGAAAGUGAGAGGCUUCUGGGCGAGGCUGGCGAUACCAAGGGGACUUUGAAGAAGGAGAGGGAAGAGCACAGGAAGCUCCUGGCAGACAGUCACGGGCUGGUCAUGGAUCUGCGUUGGCAAGUCCAGCACAGCGAGAAGAACUGGAACAGGGAAAAGGUGGAGCUUCUCAACCAGCUGGACCGGGACCGGCGGGAAUGGGACUGGCAGAAGAAGGAGCUCCUCUGGAGAAUCGAGCAGUUGCAGAAAGAAACUAGCACCCAGAGAGGCGACAGCUUCCUAUGUGACCAAAAAGAGGACAACAUCCGUCCAUUCUCAGCCCAGGGAAGCCUCCACUUACCUCAUCCGAUGGGGAAGCGAGCCUAUUCUGACUCAGAUGCUGCCCAGUUCGAAGACCGAACUCUGUCCAGACUGAAAGACACGGAUCGAUGCACUGCCACAGAGAACCUCUUCCUCGAUGUCCUGUCUCUGGAUGAUGAGCCCGAUGAACCCCAGCCCCGGAGAUUGGAGCGGGAGAAAUUUGUGACUUGCCUGCAUGAAGAAGAAGAAGCCCAUAAGGGAAAUCUUCAGAGGGCCGUGUCCGUGUCCUCCAUGUCCGAGUUCCAGCGUCUGAUGGACAUUUCUCCUUUCCUCCCGGAAAAGGCUCUGCCUUCAGCCAGCAGCAAGGAGGACAUCACUCCCCCACUCUCCCCUGAUGACCUGAAGUACAUCGAAGAGUUCAACAAGAGCUGGGACUACCCCCUCACCGGGAGUCACGGUGGGGGCACGGGGCGACCUCCAGAUGCCUGGGUGGAGAGGACCGAGGUGGGGCGAUCUGGGGAAGACGUCCCCUUGGAGCCGUUCCCGGCAUCGGGAUGGUACCUGACCACAAGCGUCACCAUGACCACCAACACCCUGACCAGCCCAGAGCACUGCCAGAAGCAGCCCUUGAGGAGCCAAGUCAUGGCGGAGAAAAUGGGGGUCCGGGUGUUCCACAGCCCACCGGGGGUCCGGAGGUUUGAGGGCUCGGUGAUCGCAGGCGGGGAGACCAAGAACCAGGGGGACCCAGACUUCCUGUUCUCUGGGCCCAAAGCCAAAGGGAACGCCGGGGAGGGGAAAGGGGAUCGCCCCGAACUUGUGUUUGGUAGGUGGUCCUGCGACCUCCCCAGACACCACAGAGACUACCUGGAGGGUGGUCUCCGGCCCCUCGAGGGCCCCAUUUGCAGUCUGGGUUUGGCCAACUCCUUGCGCGGCCUGGGCCUGUCCAAGAACAUGAGUGACGACAUGAAGGAGGUGGCUUUCUCCGUCCGGAACGCCAUCCGGUCGGGCGCCUCGGAGCCCCAGUUCAAGGACACGGCCUGCCAGACCAACGGCGCCCGGACCAGGGGCACCCAAACCACCCAGACCAUCAGUGUCGGCCUGCAGACGGACACCCUGCGAGGCAGCAACGCCAGCAGCCCCCACAGGUGUCUGACGCCCAAGGCCGGGGCUGGCCCCACGCCCGUCUCGUCUCCCUCGCGGAGUCUGCGGGGCCGCCAGGUAGCUCCCGCCAUCGAGAAGGUCCAGGCCAAGUUUGAACGCACGUGCUGCUCCCCCAAGUAUGGGUCCCCCAAGCUGCAGCGGAAGGGCCUCCCCAGAGCCGACACGCCGAAUCCCCGGCCCGGGCCGGGCACGCCCCAGAAGGGGUUCAGCGAGUCUGCCUGGGCCCGCUCCACCACCACCCGGGAGAGCCCAGUCCACACCACCAUCAACGAUGGGCUCUCCAGCCUCUUCAACAUCAUUGAUCACACCCCCGUGGUGCACGACCUCUUCCUGAAAGGGGGUGCCUCAGGAGGCCGGGCCUGGGUGACCGAGCCGGGCCCGGGGCAGGAGACGGGCACGAGCUCCCGGGGUAGAUCCCCCAGCCCUGGGGCCCCAGAGACAUGCAGGGAGGAAGGGGGUGGGGAGGGCACGCCCAUCAGGCAGGACUUGUCUGCUCCCCCCGGGUACACGCUCACGGAGAAUGCCACCAGAAUCCUCAACAAGAGGCUCUUGGAGCAUGCCUUAAAGGAGGAGCGAAAACAAGUCUCUCACAUCCCCACCGGUCUGAACGGCGACAGCGGCGUGGGAGAAAUGGUCAAAGUUGAACCAGGGUCCAUUGAGGAACUACCUUGUUCCGCACUAGCUCCACCCCUUGACCCCUGCUUCUCCCGACCGGAGAGACCAGCAAACCAACGCCCGCCUUCCCGCUGGGCCGCACACUCCCCUCUCGCUUCCCAGCCCCAGUCACCGGGAGAGCCGAAGCCCCCCGAGGAGCCCGGAUGCCAGGAGCCAAGCUUGGACAAUCCCAUCCAGUGACUCGAGCCUGCAUGAAUCCCAACUCCAGUAAUUCCCCGUAAUCCGCAUAGCCGCCCCUCCACCGUGACCCAGCUCCACCCGAGGAGAGAUCGAGUUGUUUUCCCGAGGUCAGAGAAGGUCUCAACCAAACGCAGCUGCUGAAUGUUCAACCUGUGAAACAGAAAUGUUUCUAGAAUGAAACAGUUAACGUGCCUGGAAUACCUUAAUUUUUUUCAUAGCUCAGAAAACUAUUUUUGUCUCCAUCUUUUCUACACACAGUAUAUUAACAAAAAGGAUAAAUAAGAUAUACAUUUAAAGAGUAAGAGUUUUACAAAUGUACAUUUUAAAAAGAGCUCCCGGAUGCACUCGCUCUCUGCAUACUGACUGCCUUUUCGUUGAAUUUGCACUGUUACAUUUCAGUUGGAUUUAUUUUCUUGUUUAAGGCAUUUUACAUUAGUUUUAUUCCAUUUGGAUAUCGUGUCGCCAUUUAAAAGAAAAAAAACACAAAAUUAUGGAACUUCAGGCUCCCUGAAGUAGUCGAUUUUACGUAGUGAAGAAAGCCAUUAAACUAGUUGACUAGAAUGGUAUUCUAUAAGCUGGAGGGAAUACAGGUAACUAGAAAACCUAAGUGACAAAGAAGGCCUCAGAAAGUCUUAUGACAUUAGCUGUAUAAUACACAUACUCUACUUGACUGGCAUGCCUUUGGGUUUAUAGCACUUUAGUGCAUAUACAUAUUGCUACUGUAUUCUUACUAACAUCUUAAUGUGAGUCAGUAGGUUUCACCGUAAUAUUGUCGUGAAUUUCCCUGUACUGUACUUUUAUUGUUGGUCCUCUCACGUUGAUGAUACAACAAAAAUAUUUUUAAACUAUUGUCAAAAAGUUCAACUGACAAUGUACAGUGUUUACUGAGAACUUUCUUGUUUGGGAAGGGUAUGUGGUAAAGAUUUGGACAUACCAAAUGGAAACAACGACCACGUCUAAGGAAGUCUGCAGAAAAGGACCACUCUGAAGUGGAAUAAAAGCCUUGAUAUUUACAA